AUGGUUGACGAAAAGAAGCCUCUUUUGGAUGCUUCGGGCGGUGAAGCCCACAGUGAUGACGCUACUGCAACUGCCAUUUUAAGACGUAAGAAGAAGGACAACAUGCUCAUGGUCGAUGACGCUGUCAAUGAUGACAAUUCUGUGAUUGCCAUCAAUUCCAACACCAUGGACGUUCUUCAAUUGUUCAGGGGUGAUACAGUGUUGGUCAAGGGCAAAAAACGGAAGGACACUGUUUUGAUCGUCUUGAUUGACGACGAGUUGGAAAAUGGUGUCUGCCGUGUGAACCGUGUUGUUAGAAACAACUUGCGUAUUCGCCUGGGAGACUUGGUGACGAUUCACGCUUGUCCUGACAUCAAAUACGCUUCGCGAAUCUCUGUUUUGCCUAUCGCCGACACCGUAGAGGGCCUUACAGGCAGCCUAUUCGACGUUUACCUCAAGCCGUACUUUGUCGAAGCGUACCGUCCUGUUCGUAAAGGUGACCACUUUGUCGUGAGAGGCGGAAUGCGUCAAGUCGAAUUCAAGGUCGUAGAUGUGGAGCCAGAGGAAUACGCCGUGGUUGCUCAGGACACCGUGAUACACUCCGAAGGUGAACCCAUUAAUCGUGAAGACGAAGAAAACAACAUGAAUGAGGUCGGCUACGAUGACAUUGGUGGUUGCCGCAAGCAAAUGGCGCAGAUUCGUGAACUGGUCGAGUUACCUCUCAGGCACCCACAACUAUUCAAAGCCAUCGGUAUCAAGCCUCCAAGAGGUAUUUUGAUGUACGGCCCCCCCGGUACUGGUAAGACGUUGAUGGCUAGAGCUGUUGCCAAUGAAACAGGUGCUUUCUUCUUUCUGAUCAACGGUCCAGAAGUCAUGUCAAAGAUGGCAGGAGAGUCGGAGUCCAACUUGAGAAAAGCAUUUGAAGAGGCAGAAAAGAAUGCGCCAGCUAUUAUUUUCAUUGAUGAAAUCGAUUCCAUUGCCCCUAAACGUGACAAGACUAACGGUGAGGUUGAAAGAAGAGUGGUUUCUCAAUUAUUGACCUUGAUGGAUGGUAUGAAGGCAAGAUCCAACGUUGUCGUUAUUGCCGCCACCAACAGACCAAACUCCAUCGACCCUGCCUUGAGAAGAUUUGGCAGAUUUGAUCGCGAAGUUGAUAUCGGAAUCCCAGAUGCCACUGGUAGAUUGGAGGUGCUGCGCAUUCACACUAAAAACAUGAAGCUGGCUGACGAUGUCGACUUGGAAGCCCUCGCUGCCGAGACUCACGGUUACGUUGGUGCCGAUAUAGCGUCUUUGUGCUCCGAGGCUGCCAUGCAACAAAUCCGUGAAAAGAUGGAUAUGAUUGACCUUGACGAAGACGAAAUCGCAGCAGAAGUCCUAGACUCAUUAGGCGUUACAAUGGAUAACUUCAGGUUCUCUCUUGGUAACUCGAACCCAUCUGCAUUGCGUGAGACUGUCGUUGAAAGUGUCAAUGUUACGUGGGAUGACAUUGGUGGUUUGGAUGAGAUUAAGGAAGAAUUAAAAGAAACCGUUGAAUACCCAGUUCUUCACCCAGAUCAAUACACAAAAUUCGGAUUGGCUCCUUCCAAGGGUGUUUUGUUUUACGGACCGCCUGGUACUGGUAAGACACUUUUGGCAAAAGCUGUGGCCACCGAGGUUUCCGCCAACUUUAUUUCCGUAAAGGGUCCGGAGCUCUUGAGUAUGUGGUACGGUGAAUCCGAAUCCAACAUUCGUGACAUUUUCGACAAAGCUAGAGCUGCUGCUCCUACGGUUGUAUUUUUGGAUGAACUGGACUCCAUUGCCAAAGCCAGAGGUGGUUCCGUAGGCGAUGCUGGUGGUGCUUCUGACAGAGUGGUGAACCAAUUGCUAACGGAAAUGGAUGGUAUGAAUGCUAAGAAGAACGUGUUUGUUAUUGGUGCCACCAAUAGACCGGAUCAAAUCGAUCCUGCUAUUUUAAGACCGGGGAGAUUAGAUCAGCUAAUAUACGUUCCUCUACCAGAUGAGAUGGCAAGGUUGUCCAUUUUGAAGGCUCAACUCAGAAAAGCACCUCUAGAGCCCGGCUUGGAAUUGAGCACGAUUGCCAAGGCCACGCAAGGAUUCUCGGGUGCUGAUUUGUCAUACAUCGCCCAAAGAGCUGCGAAGUUUGCCAUCAAGGACUCAAUUGAAGCUCAAAAGAGCGCAGAGGCAGAGCGCCAAAGCAACGUAAAGACCGAAGACGUGGAGAUGGGCGAUGGUGCCGAGGCUCCCGCGCCAGCCGCUGAAGAAGAUAUCGAGGACACUGUUCCAUACAUCACUAAAGAGCACUUUGCAGAGGCUAUGAAGACGGCCAAGCGGUCCGUCUCCGACGCCGAGUUGCGCCGUUACGAAGCUUAUUCCCAGCAAAUGAAAUCUUCAAGAGGCCAAUACAGCAACUUUAGCUUCGAUGACGCUCCGAGCGCCACACAGCCCGGUGGAAAUCCAGAAAAUGCUGGUGCCGCAUUUGGUGACGGUGCAGAGGAAGAUGAUGAUUUGUACAGUUAA